AUGAAAGAAGUGGUAAAUGAGAAGAUUCUUAAAUGGUUAGAUGUUGGGGUCAUAUACCCAAUAUCGGACAGUGCGUGGGUGAGCCCAUUGCAAGUAGUGCCAAAGAAGGGUGGUAUGAUUGUGGUAAAGAAUGAGAAUAAUGAACUGAUUCCAUCUAAAACAGUGACACUAGCAGGCCAUAGCUACUACUGCUUCUUAGAUGGCUAUUCAGGGUACCAUCAGAUCGAGGACGCACCAGAAGACGAGGAGAAGACCACCUUUACUUGUCCUUAUGAUACAUGGCUUAUUAAAGACUUUUCGAAGAUUUUGAAGUCCCUUUACACCUUGUUGAUGAACGGUGUUACCUUUGACUUUAAUGAAGAGUGCCUAAACGCUUUUAAGAUUGAUAACAUAUUUCGAUCUAGUUAUUAUGCUAGUGGGACUCUCAAUGAUGCACAAUUGAACUAUGCCACAACAGAGAAGGAUCUCCUCACUAUAGUAUAUGCAUUUGCCAAAUUUAGAUCAUACCUCAUUUGCAACAAAGUAAUAGUGUACACUGACCAUUCUGCUAUCAAGUACUUGAUCACUAAGAAAGAUGCAAAACCCCCGCCUCAUUAG